UUUUUUUGAUAAUUUAUGAUUUAGUAAUAAUAAAGUAAAAUGUUGUGAUCGAGUUGAAAAUGUCAGAAAUUGAUCCUGAAAUAUUAUUGGAGUGGUUGUCAAUGGGCAAUGGAGAUGAAAGAGAUAUGCAAGUGAUUGCACUCGAACAGCUAUGUAUGCUCUUGUUAAUGUCAGAUAACGUUGAUCGAUGUUUUGAAAGUUGCCCUCCUCGCUCUUUUUUACCAGCUUUAUGUCAUAUUUUCAUGGAUGAAACUACACCUGAUAGUAUCUUAGAAGUAACAGCUCGUGCAAUAACAUACUAUCUAGAUGUAUCUGCUGAAUGUUCACGACGUAUUGUUACAGUUGAUGGAGCUGUUAAAGCUAUUUGUGCAAGACUUGUAUUGGUAGAUGUAACUUCUCGAACAAGUAAAGAUCUAGCUGAGCAAUGUGUUAAAGUACUAGAGCUUAUGUGCACCAGAGAAGCUGGUGCUAUUUAUGAGGCUGGUGGUUUGGGUAGCAUGUUGACAUUUAUUCGAGAGUAUAGCACACAUAUUCAUAAAGACACACUUCAUUCUGCUAUGUCUGUAGUGGCAAGAUUGUGUGGAAAGAUGGAAACAACAGAUGAAACUUUAGAAUCAUGCACAGAUUCCUUAUCAAAAUUGCUUCAUCAUACUGACAACUAUGUAGCAGAUUCAUCAUUAAAAUGUUUUGCUUGUGUCACUGAUCGUUUUAUAAGGCGUGGUGUUGACCCUGCACCUUUAGCCAAACAUGGACUUACUGAUGAGCUUAUUAAAAAGUUAAUAAGCGCUGCAACAUCUUGCAGUUUAAAUGCACCCAAUAAUCUCAAUUCUGGCAUGUCAGAAGUACGCAAUAGCUCUGGAAAUGUCUCUAUCAUUGUUAGUGUUUUGUUAAUGCUCUGUCGUGGAUCACCUAGUGUAACUCACGAUUUGUUGCGAUCAAAUCUUCUUGAAGCAAUUGAAACUGCAAUGAAGGGAGAUGAACGCUGUGUUCUUGACAUUAUGAGAUUAGUUGAUUUUCUUCUGAUUCUUCUCUUUGAAGGCAGAGAUGCUCUACCAAAGUCUUAUCCAUCAGUUGCUCGAGGACAAGUAAGUAGCUCAAGAAAAGCAGAAGUUAGUGGUGAAAAAUCUCAUCGUCACUUGAUUGAUUGUAUACAAAGUAAAGACACUGAAGCUCUCAUUGAAGCUGUAGAAUCAAAUGCAUUCGAUGUAAACUUUAUGGAUGAUGUUGGGCAAACUUUGCUAAACUGGGCAUCAGCCUUUGGAACAUUAGAAAUGGUUGAAUAUCUUUGUGAAAAAGGUUCUGAUGUGAAUCGUGGACAGAGAUCAUCUUCAUUGCAUUAUGCUGCCUGUUUUGGAAGACCUGCAGUAGCUAAAGUUCUUCUAAAAUACGGUGCUAAUCCUGAGUUACGCGAGGAAGAUGGAAAAACACCUUUGGAUAAAGCUCGUGAAAGAAAUGAUGAAGGACACAAAGAAGUUGUGAGAAUACUUCAAACUCCUGGUGAAUGGAUAGGUUCAUCAAUUGCUAAACAAAAUAAAAAUGGAGAGACAACAGAAGAUGCUAGUUUAUCAAAAGAAAAACUUUCUGCUGUUGAGACUUUAGGAUUAGAAGAAAAGAUUAAAGGUGACCCUGAAAUGGCACCUGUUUAUAUGAAGAAAUUAGUUCCUGUCUUUGCUUCAACUUACCAGAAUACUUUAGUAUUAUCAAUAAAAAAAGCAACAUUAUCAGUAUUACGGAAAAUAAUUAAUUUUAUACCUUCAUCUCUAAUGGCAGAGGUAGCAUCAGGAAAUGUUGCUGCACAAUUAACUGACGUCAUAGCAACAGCACUUUCUAUUGAGGGUGAUGAUGAAGGUCACAUCACUGCUUUUUACUGUGUUCAAGAUAUGAUGAGCAAAGGAGAAGGAAUAUUUCUUAUUCAUUUUGUAAGGCUUGGUGUAUUACAAAAAAUAACUGAAAUUGCGAGCGAGUUAGAUAACCAACAUCAAGAGCAACUAAUUGAUUCAAAUUUGUCUAAAAUAGUUGAACCAGCUAUUCCACUUGAGGAUGCAGUAAAGCUGCAGCAUAGUCAUGCAUACCACUGGCACGAAUGGUGUAUAGCAAAAGGUCGUGACUGCCUUUAUUUAUGGAGUGAUUUUUGUGCAAUAGAGUUAUCUAAUGGUAGUAAUGGGUGGUUUAGAUUUGUCCUUGACAACAAGCUUGCAACAAUGUAUUCUAGUGGCAGUCCAGAAGUUGGCUCAAGCACCUCAGAAAGCAGAACCGAGUUUUUAGAUAAAUUACAAAAAGUUAGAAGCGCUAUACCAUCUACUGUUGUUAGUCAACCAAUUCUAUCUAAAGUAGGAGUUCCUGCUAUAACAGUUGGGAAUUGGACAUUAUCUUGUCAGGUGGAGAAUCAGUUAAGUAUUGUUAACACUGAUGGCCAACAAACCACUAUUUUGAAAGAAGAUCUUCCUGGUUUUUUGUUUGAAUCUAAUCGUGGAACCAAGCAUACUUUCACAGCUGAAACAUCAUUGGGUCCUGAUUUCGCAUACUCCUGGAAUAAUAAAUCAGGGAAAAGGUUUCAAUCAAAAAAAGCCCAAACUCGAAUGAAGCUUGUGUUAAUGGCUCACAACAUCUAUUGUAAGUACUUUAAAAAUGCAGAUAUGACACCACAUGGCUCUAUUGCAACACUGAAUAAGAUCAGCAAGAUUUUGAAUGAUUCUCUGAUGUUAAAUGAGAAUUCAAGUGAUAGUUACAAAGAGAUUCUUCACAAGUGUUUACAAGAACUUUUAACAUUACUUCAGGAUGAACCUAUGCUUUCUGCUUAUGAAAUUCAAACUAGUGGUUUAGUCACUGCUUUAAAUAAUUGCUUAAACAAGGCUUUUUCUACUUCAACAUUUCUUAAAGAAAACUCAAGUGUUGUGGACACAUUCAAACAAGUUUUUUUUGCUGAUUUAAAUAACAGAAAUAAUUGUGUUAGUCCUGCUGUAAUACUUGUGAAGAAGUUAAUAAUGGUGUUAGAGUCCUCUGAAAAACUCCCUGUUGUAACAUAUGAAAGCAUUGGUGGUGGAUCAUGUUUGCAGAUUUUAUUACGGCGCCUUCGAUUUAAACUUGAUUGUGGAAGUCAUUCAAUAAAUUUAAUCGACAAGUCAGGCCGAUACAUCAAAAUGGAACCUUUAACUACUGUUAAAGAAGUUGAAAAAUUUCUGAACAAAAUGGUUGCAAAACAAUGGUUUGACUUUGAGCGACAAUCAUUUUCUUUUGUCAAGCAAUUCAAAGAAAGUUCAUCUCCUAUUUUAUUUGAAUAUGAAAAUGAUUUUGAUGAAAAUGGAAUAAUCUAUUGGCUAGGAACAAAUGGAAAGUCUGUGAAGGAAUGGGUUAAUCCGGGAUCUCAUAAUAUAGUUUUAAUUAGCUCAUCAGAAGGCAAAGAUCUUCCAUAUGGUCAUCUAGAAGAUAUAAUUGGCAGAGAUUCUGCACCAGUCAACUGUCAUACAAAUGAUGACAAGGCAGCAUGGUUUUCUAUUGACCUAGGAGUUCAUGUAAUCCCUACAGCUUAUACCCUACGUCAUGCUCGAGGAUAUGGGAGAUCUGCUCUUCGUAAUUGGCUGUUUCAAGUAUCCAAAGAUGGUGUCUCCUGGUUGACUUUAAAAAAGCAUGAAAAUGAUGAAAGUCUAAAGGAACCAGGUUCAACAACAACAUGGCCACUUGAUAUGCCAGAUUCAGCAUUGAAUGAAACAGAAGGUUGGCAUUUUGUACGUCUACAACAAAAUGGACCAAAUGCUAGUGGACAGACACAUUACUUGUCAGUUUCUGGUUUUGAACUUUAUGGAAAAGUUACUGGUGUGCUGGAGCAAUUACAUGACAUUAAUGUUUCAUCUCAUCGAGAAGAUUUUCAUAAGAAAAACAAAACUUUGCCAUUAAGUCGCAAUACCUCACUUGGGAAUAAGGAAAGAUCUGAUUGGAAGUCACUUAGGCAACGCUCUUGUUUAAAGACAAAAGCAAACAAAAAAGAUUCUGAUUGGGUUGAUGUUUCCUGGGCAGAAAAUUUCACAUCUAAAACAAAUUUAGAGAAUAAUUUUAAUGUUAAAGUUGUAGAUAUUUCUGAUCCGCAUGUACAAGUUGCAAUGCUGGAAGCAGAGAAGAGGCAUAAAAAUGAAAGCAAUAAAUAUAGACAAACAACAUUGGAUAGUGCUCUGCGACAAGUGGUAAUGUCAUUUGGUAAACAUUCAUUAAAUGAUAAUCAAUCAGCUGGAAAAAAUAGCAAUUCAAACAGAAAUGAAGAUCAAAAACAAGUAGGUUCUCGUUUAGACAUUGCCAACUUGCAGUUUUUAAUGGCUGUUGAGGAUUUGCUUGAUUCGUCUUCUUCAGAUGUUGUUGCAAAUGCAUUAGUAGAAGCUGCAUGUUUGCGUGUUGAUCAGCUUAAAACAGCUGUUAAACCUUUUCGAAAUAACUUGUAUUCAUCUAAAGGCCGACCUACUCCAACCGCUGAAGGUUCCAGGGAAAGUUCAUUGCCUGAUACUGGUGUUAACACUCCUUCUCCAAAUACUCCUCCUAAUGGAAAAAUUACAGAUUCUAUUACAGCGGAUUCUAUAGUAGAAAGUCAGGAAUCACUUUCACAAAGAAAAGAUGUGCCAAAAGAAGAAUUCACUUCUUCUUCAAGUGAUUGUCUAGCUCAAAUAAAAAAGAUCUCUUCGUCCAUUUCAGAUGUUUUUGAUUCAAUGUGCUUAAGUGAUCCUUCUGAAACUGGUGUUAGUGAAAGGUUUGCUAAUGAACAUCCUAUUGGUUCAUUUUCUGUUGCUGAGAAUAAUUUUUUAAAUGGAAAUCAGCAUAUUCCAGAAUCAAGUGCUCUGGAUCUUUUAAGCGAAACUAAUGAUGUUAAUUCGGAUACUGAUGAAGAUGAAGAAAUUGGUGAUGAGGCAGAAGUUGAUGAUGAUGAAGAGUUUGAAAAAGAGGAAAAUCAAAAUUUGGUGGAAGAUCAGAAUGAGUACAAUAGCUGUGACAGUGAAAUCAUAUCUGAAAUAAAAAGUGAUGAAAUUAUUAACAAAAACCCACACCAAACAGGUGCAGAAGAAAAGAGUCUUACAGAUGAGAUGUACAACGAAACCAUAAGGUCAGCUUUAAAGUUAUUGUCUGGUGAGUUAACAAAUGAAAGCAAUAAUAGGAUAGCAGAGUUGAUGAACAAUAUUGCUAAAGACAAGCAAGACAAGCGCAAUACUCAAUCAACUGAUUGUACAACUCAAGAAAGUGAACCUCAAAUUGAUGAUAUUAAAGAGAGUAACAAAGUUGAACCAGAAAAUAUAAGUCUUAAUGAGAAUGAAAAUAAGAAAACUGUUUUAGAAAUAAAAGUUAAACCAAAAAUUGCUCUCAAUUCAAAAUCUACAGCUAAAGAAAUUUCAGAAAAAACACAAGAAGAUGAGGACAAUGAACUUUAUACUUUAGAAGAAAUGUUGCAAGAACACUCUGAUAAAAAAAUGUUACAAGAACACUCUGAUAAAGAAAUGUUACAAGAACACUCUGAUAAACUUAAAAAAAUAGAAAGUAAAAAUCUUCAAAGUAAUGUGAAGAAAGAUGAUGGCAAUGAACAAGAAGGAAAUGAUAUCGAAAGUAUGGAAGUGGAUGAUGAUAAUGAGGAAGAUGAAGAUUUUGAUGAAGAUGACAUUGAAAAUGAGGAUGAUCAAGAUGAGGUGUAUGAGCCAUUGAAUGGUGGGCGAUUAGAGCGUCAUUAUGAUCAUCAACGCCGUAUUUGGGACAAUGAUCUUGUUAUAAAGUGUCACCAUAAUGCAUUAGUUCCUGCAUUUGAUCCACGACCUGGUAGAGUCAAUGUGCAACAAACUCAAGAUAUACAAAUUCCUGAUAAUACAGAAGAGUUUAAAAAAUGUUCAUUAAGCAACUCUUCUAAAAUCAGACUGUUUCUUCGAGGUUUUUCUGCAGCAGGUGGUCAAGAAAUUGAAAUUCCACUUGACAAUCCUGAAGCUACUGUUUUUUCGUAUUUGCAGACUUUAGUGUUACAUGGAGUCACAGGAGCAAAUGUUACUGAUAAACUUAGGAAAGUGUGGGAACCAAUAUACACAAUAAUAUACAAAUCAACAGAAAACAAUUUAACAGAUGAUUCUAUAGAAAAAGAUAAAAAAGAAACUUGUCUUUACUCAUCAAAUAUAAAAUGGACAGUUGAAUAUGUAAAAGAAAACAUUGGCAGCUUAGAGUUACCUAAAAGUGAUGUUAUAAAUUAUUUACAACAAAAUGGUACCAAUGAGUUCUUAAAAAAAUGGAAACUUGUAGGAAGUGCAAGGAUGUGUAGAAGACAACGAAAUUGUGCAACAUUAUUUGCUGCUUAUAAGGACUAUGCCAAAUUUAAACAUCAAGAAGAACUUGAAAGUUUGGAUACAGAAAAUAAACCAUUAAAAAUUGAAAAACCUGCUCAAAAAUCGAUUGAUGAUCUUGCUUCAAUCCAUCAUGUUCUUGAUGUAAUUAAAUCAAUGUUUCGACUAUCAGAGGAAUUUAUUGAUAAUGAGUCUGGUUAUGCAGUCGCUGAUGAUUAUCUCUCUAAGAAGCUUACAAAUAAGUUGAUGCAACAAAUUCAGGAUCCAAUUGCUUUAACAACAGGCUCUUUUCCACUGUGGUGUGAAUAUCUAGUAAUCAAUUAUCCCAUGUUAUUUCCAUUUGAAACCAGAAAAUUAUUUUUUAGGGCAACAGCGUUUGGUUGUUCAAGAUCUAUUGUGUGGCUUCAGAAUAUGCAAGAUGCUGCACUAGAGAGGUCACGAGGACAUCCAACUCGUAGACUUGAGACACAGGAAUUUAGGCUUGGCAGGUUAAAGCAUGAACGAGUAACUGUACCACGCGGACAAAAUCUUCUGGAAACAGCGAUUAAGUUGAUGAACUUUCAUGCAGAAAGAAAAGCUAUUUUAGAGGUAGAGUUUGAAGGUGAAGAAGGCACUGGACUCGGUCCAAGUUUAGAGUUUUAUGCACUUGUUGCCUUAUCAAUACAACUUAAUGAUCUAUCGCUUUGGGUUACGACGGAUCAGUUAUCAUCACAUAUUGAUGAUUCCGAUACUAUGCUGGAAGUUAAUAAAUAUUGUUCGCAUCCCAAUGGUUUGUUUCCCGCUCCAUACCCUCAAAACUCUGAACGAAUGGACAGUAUAUGUAAUUUGUUCACUUUCUUUGGAGUUUUUCUAGCAAAAUGUUUGCAAGACAAUCGUCUUAUAGAUUUGCCGCUUUCCCAACCUUUCUUUAAAAUGCUUUGUGCUGCAAAAGGUAAAUAUUCGCGUAUGUGUAGAACAUUAUCGAAUGCAUCUGAUAUAAGUAGCGUCAUGUAUACAGAUGGUGUUCACAGUUAUGAUGAGCUAUCUGAUGAUGUUUUCGAUAUAAAAGCUGAUGGCACUGAUAAACUUGAUUCUCAUUAUUUUAGUGAUGUUCUUACAUAUAAUGACUUUGAAAAAAUACAUCCAGACAAAGCUGUUUUUAUUAAAGUUCUUUGUACCUAUAUAAAUAAACGAAAAGCUAUCAUAAACGAUGUUACGUUAAGUAGUGUAGAGAAAAAUGAACAGCUUGAAAAGUUAAUGAUUGUUUCUGAGCAUGGACACGAGUGCAAACUUGAAGAUAUUGGCCUUACAUUUGAAUAUGUUCCGUCCUCUUCAAUAUAUGGGUUUCAUUCUGUAGAACUAAAACCAGGCGGUGCGAACGAGCUAGUUACGGGUGAGAAUGCAGAAGAAUAUAUAAAGUUGCUCCUAGACUUCACAAUGCAUCGCGGGAUUGCACAACAACUGGAGGCUUUUAAAGAUGGUUUUAAUCGUGUGUUUUCAAUUGAAAAAUUACAUGCGUUUAAACCAAAAGAGCUACAACUAAUGCUUUGUGGUGAGCAAAAUCCACAAUGGACGCGCGACGAGUUAAUGAACUUCACUGAACCAAAAUAUGGUUACCAUAAAGAAAGUCCUGGUUUCCUGCGAUUCAUCAAUGUGUUGUUGGAUAUGAAUGGAAAAGAACGGAAGGAAUUUUUACAAUUUGCCACCGGUUGUUCUUCGCUUCCUCCGGGAGGUAUAUCUAAUCUAUAUCCUCGAUUAACCGUUGUCAAAAAAGAAGACGAAGGUGAUGGUAGCUUUCCUUCUGUAAAUACUUGCGUUCAUUAUUUAAAGUUACCAGAAUAUUCCUCUGAACAAUUACUCAAAGAGAAACUUCUAGCUGCUACUAAAGAGAAAGGUUUUUAUCUUAACUGAAAAAUUCAAUUUUAACAGUUCUUCGGAAUUUUUGUGUGUGUGCUAGCUAGCUAAACGUUGCAUUUUCUGUAUAUUAAUGUAAGUUAUUAAUAUUACUAACAAAGCAUCAAAGUUUGACACCACUUGUAUAUUUUUGACGCCACUUGUAUAUUUUUGUCUUUUGAUAAAUAUUUUUAAAAAAUAUUUUGUUUUAAAAUUGUUGU